AACGAUUGACGUUUAACCAUAACCUUAAAGAUUGUAAUCAUAAAUAUAAUAACAUCACGUAACAGUCGCACAGAUUUGUAAUAGUGAAUAGGUAAGACUACAGUGAAACCAUUCAUAGAAAAAGUUAUUUUAAAUCCUUCAUCUAUUUAUUUUUGCAAGAUUAGAAUUAACAAUUUUUAUUGCAAAUAGUUCGGCUAAUUGAGUAAGUUGAAACUACACCAAGAUGUCUAUAUAUCCAAGUUUGGAAGAUAUGAAGGUUGAUCAACUUCAUAAAGCACAAAAUAAGUUUGAGUCACUUCAAAAUUCAGCCCCUCAAGCCUCUGCUGCUCCUUACCCAACUAGUGGGAUUAAUAUGCCUACACCUAUUUUGGAUAGAGGAGUUUACCCAGAAUUAGGAAAUUAUAUGGGAUUAGAGUUAACAGAAGCAAUAAUUGCUGAAAAUAUGCCAGAGUAUUCUCUUACAUUAUUGCAACAAACUACCCAAGUGGUUCCAGCAGAAAACAAAAUAGGAAACUUGGUGGCACCUUUAUCAGCACAGUCUUUGGGUUUACAAAGAGCCCAAGUUACACAUGGAAUUCGAGAGCUAACAUUAUGUAAAGGGGCUGAUGGAAAGAUAGGACUCCGCGUGACACCAAUUAAUAACGGAAUAUUCGUUUGCUUGGUAGUUGCCAAGUCUCCAGCAGCUUUAGCGGGGCUUCGCUUUGGUGAUCAAAUUUUGCAAAUAAACGGCAAAAAUCUUGCUGGAUUUACCAUGGAUCAGGUCCACGAUUUACUUAAGAAAAGUCCUGUUAACGGAAUUUCUAUUGUGGUUCGCGAUAGGCCUUUUGAAAGAACUCUAACACUGCACAAAGACAGUACAGGCCAUAUUGGUUUUCUUUUCAAAAAUGGGAAAAUCGUUAGUAUUGUUCAGGACUCCUCUGCAGCAAGAAAUGGUGUUCUGACUGAUCACCAUUUGUUGGAAGUAGAAGGGCAGAAUGUUGUCGGGAUGAAAGACAAAAAUAUCACUAAAAUUAUCGAAGAAGCAGGAAACAUUGUGACUGUAACAGUUGUGCCAAGUUUUAUUUACGAACAUAUGACUAAAAAGAUGGCGUCAUCUCUUCUUAAGGGCCAUAUGGAUCAUUCAAUCCCAACUAUUUAAAUAUCUCCCUAUCAAUCCCAUAAUUAUUAUAUACCUAUACACACAUAUAUAUAUUUUUUUAUUACGUCGUUUUGUUCGUUUUUGAAAAGUUUUCUUUUAUAUCAAAUACUUUUUUUAACAGUAUAUCUUCACACGAAUUUAUCUUACAGGUACUGUAAGUAUUUUAAUUUACAACAAAGACUGACGAUAACAAUCGAAUAAUUCCAAUGCUGGUGAUAAUAAUAGAGAGAAAAGUAAUCGCACUUAAUUUUCUAAACGUUUAAACUGUGAUUUUUUACUAAUAAUAACUUGUAAUAUCUUUUCAAAUACGACCAACGCAUUCAUCUUUAGUGAUAUGUUAUUCACCAUCAGUUGUUUAUUUAAACUAGUCGUUAAAGUGCCGAAGGAAAAAAAAUAUUUUUUUAAGUUUAAAAUGUUUUAGUUUUACAAUAUAUAUAAACCAUG